AUGAAUGGAAGUGAGAUGCCAGCAAAGACGGAGGGCAUGAGUGCGCCGACGGGCUUAUGGACAACGCCGACAUCUCAAGGAAUGCGACCGCGGCCGGCCACUAUUCAUGAAGGCUUCUCGUACUGCGUCGGAGAGGAAUAUGGCACAUUGCCUACUUGGGACUCCGGCGCGCUGACGAUGCAAAACACUCCAAGCGACACCAUGUCUCGGCCUGUCUCGAUGCAUCAAGACUUCUAUCCUGUCACCACUAUGGAAAGCAGUGAGUCGUUCUGGAGCAUGGCUGGCACAGUGCUGACCUCCGAGGCAGACCCGUGGGGAAUGAAGCCAUGCGAGGAUAACCUGGAGGCACAUGGACUGGAUACAGAGAUGCACAUCGGCCAGGCUUUGACGACAGAUGAAGCCAUCCCCAUCCUGGAUCUACGAUACGCAACGCACGGGAUGGAGAACGAAGGUGGACUAAACUUCGAGGGUGGCCUCACUCACCGUCGCAUGUCUGGAUCAUCCUUCACCAUGUCGACUUCUGGCAACCUUUCUGAUAUGCCUUCCUAUGAGGAGUUCUCUGCCGCAAUGUCUGAAGCACCCUCUUUCACCUCGGAUUACCCGCCUACGUCUAACAGGAACUCAAUGAUGUCCUCCACCCAGCUAUCGCCAGUUGCGUCUCCGCGGAUGACGCCUCAGAGCCGCUCUGAGUUGGUUCGCACCCAAAGUCGAGGCCGUGGGGCAUCGCCUUCUCCUCGCCCUGGAAUGCGAUCAGCGCCAUACAAUGUUGACAGCAGCGCAAGGAACAAGAGAUGGUCUACAGGUUCAUACGGCACGACACCCAACCGCAGACCAUCACCCUUCGUCUACCACCACACUCAUGACCCCUUUGGCGCCCGAAUGACAUCUAGGCACUCAUCGCCGACUAUGCCCAAUAACCCGUUGCCUCUCAAUUUCGGUAACCUUCAGGCAGUACAGCAGCAUCCAUUCUUAGUCUCACACCCUCCAGCAUUCCGAAACAGUAUGCUAUUGCCGUCGCAAUUGCCUUCGCAAUUGCCAUCACAAGGAUUCCAUCCGGAGAUGCACCAUUUUGAGAACCCGCCCCCGUUGAUGUCACACGGGCUAUUCAGAAUGCUUCAGAGCAAUGCCGACCCGCACUCCUUACAUGGUCAUUACACGGAUCUUUCCGACCCACCGGAUCUGUAUGCGGCUCUUCAUGAGGAGCAAAUACCACCCCCUCCGGAGGACAUGAACCCCGAAGACCCGGAUAUGGUGCCCCAUGAACAAGAAUUGCGUUUCGAUGGAGACCUAUACACACCCAGGUGGGUUCGCGGCCAUGGCAACAAGAGAGAAGGGUGGUGUGGAAUCUGCAAACCGGGCCGGUGGCUUGUUUUGAAAAAUUCGGCCUUCUGGUACGACAAGAGUUUCACCCAUGGCAUCAGUGCGGCCACCGGCAACCCCUUCCAAGAACCUCAAGAAACGAGACGCAUGGAUGGAAACCCAGAUGUUUGGGAAGGCCUCUGCGGGAGCUGCAAUGACUGGAUCGCGCUAGUAAGCAGCAAGAAAAAGGGGACCACUUGGUUCAGACACGCGUACAAGUGCCACACACAUCCCAAGAUCAAGGAUGCGCCCAAAAGACGUCGCGAGAGCAGCCACUCGAGGGCUCUAGCAGCGUCCCAGAUGGCAAGGCCCAAGGUUGAGGUGCAACAACCCGUAACUCCAGAGAUAACACCAACGGAGACGGUACAAAUGGCAACAACGCCAACCCCAAUGCCUGUGCCCUCCUUGGCAACGCCGCAACCGCUGCAAACACAGCAGUCAUCCCCAAUGAAGGUCGGCACCCCUCUGGAUGGUCUUACCAACAUGAUCUAG